CUUCGCAUUCCUCAACUUCCUCGUCCUGAUACAUCGCCGCUGCCCACAACGCACCUGUCAGAGAGCCCUGGACCGACACUUCUCGACAGUCGCUAGAGCAAACAGUCUGAUCUCUGAAGUAAGUCAUACACUUACACCUACACCCCUUACAACUCCCUCAUCAUACACCAUCUACACCUCCUCUGAUCCUCAUUCCUAUGCCUUUCGGUUUCUCUCUCUACCGGCGCAGGUCGUCCAAGCCUGCCCGCAAGCUGUCCACCGCAAAGAGCUUUGAUGAGCGUGACACUGCUUCCAGUGCUGAUGACAUUCCUCUAGCUGAGAGCGGUGCUCGCAUACCUACUCCUGCUCCUUGGCGUCGCAACAGCGACCCUCAUAAUCUUAGAUUGCUCGCUGCCAAUGCCAACGACAUCCAGCUCGUCAGCAUGUCUCGUCCUGUCACUUUGACUUUCACCUCUCCGGGUGCCAAACCGCCAAUCUAUGUUGCUGGUUCCUUCACUCGUCCACCAUGGACUGCUAUCGAAAUGGACCAGGCCGAAGACGCACCGAACGGUGAUCCUGUCUUUAUCAAGACCUUCGAUGACGUGGAGACAGGUGAAUACCAGUACAAAUACCGACUUGGUAACGGUGACUGGUGGAUGUUAAACGAGAAGGUGGAGACAGGUGAGUGCCAUUUCAGCUCAUUAGUCAUGGCAUGAACUGAGUGUGGCACAGCCACGGACACCUGUGGCAACAGGAAUAACAUUCUACGAGUGUUUCGAACAGGACCAAAGCCGCCAGUUGUCGACGAAUCGUCAUCCCGGAAAUCCGUUACCAGCCCGAGUACAGAGUUCUUCUC